AUCAAACAAGAUUUACUGGGAUACAGCACUUCCUUGACGACAUUCCACUGAGAAAAGAGCUGUGCAAGCACUUUCCCAACAUCCCACAGAUGUUUUGGUCAAAAACGUGCGUUCAACACAAUGGGUUCUUUGGAGCAAAGACUGCAGUAGACUCGAGCUCUACCGGAACUUCAACCUCACCGAGGGUGGAAACAUGGUUUCGUAUGAUUGUCAAAUCGAUAAAGCCACCACCAAAGAACGUCGAGUUUACGCAAUAUCAAUGGUAUGAGAUGUCCUUUCUCUCUACUCUCAGCGAGAAACGCAAUAUGCUGUUGUGUCUUGAUACACCCAGACACUUAGCUUGGAACAUGUUCGAGAUGCUUCUGGAAGAAGAAAACAAGGAUGCAAUUACUGGACCAUAUGGCUUGCACCAAGUACUGCUUGAACAGCUCAUGGUGAUGUAUGACGAAGGCGUAUGGGAUAUCGCGAGGAUCAUGAGGAACAAUGAGAAAAAUAAAGGGCCAAUGGGCAACACAGACUUGCAUUACUUCAUCAAGCUCUACGAAGAUUCCAGACAUACUGUACACUCUGUCGAGUCAACGCAGGAAGCGGCAAAGGUCGUAGAGUGUAUCGCUCAACAAUGUCAUAUAUUGGCCUCCCGAGCAACAAUCCAUCAAGACCUUCUCUCUUCCCGGCUGGAUACGUUCAAGUUCCAGCAUACGAUGAUGCAAGGCUUCUUAGCACGAGCGGUAUCCAACGACAGACGUAUGGGCAAUGAGCAAAACUUGACAUCAAAUCUCAUGUCUCAACUCGACGCAAAAACAAACGUCGACAUCGCAAUGGCGACAAAAGAUGACGGUGCGGCAAUGAAGACAAUCGCAAUAGUGACGAUGACUUUUCUGCCCGCUACAUUUGUCUCUGCACUACUGGGUAUGAACUUCUUCGCCUACGACCCGGAUGCCCAUGGUGGUCAUAUGACCUACUCUCACGAUUUGUGGAUCUACUUUGUCAUCUCUGUGGUCUUGACUUUGGGACUGUUUGCUUUAUGGUGGAUGUGGCAGCAGUAUAGAAGGAGGGCCAUGGCGAGUUCGAGAUUGGAAGAGAGCAAUGCGAUGGAAAGCGCUUAUGCUGUAUUGCAAAAGACGUAGGAGGUCAAUAACAAGAACUGAGUAAGUUACGAUGGGAGUUGCAGUCGCGAUGGUAACACACAUUU